AUGAUUUUAAAAAAUAAAAAUUUCUUCAAAUUUUUAUUUUUUUAUUUUUAUUUAAAUUUUGACUGUGCAUUUGCACCUGGUGCCCAUUUAUUUAUUGAAGGGAGUAGCUACGAACAUUGGGGGAGAAGUCGGGAUAGUUAUCAACGAAGGCUGAGCACAGCUUUUUUAAAUAGAAAGAGAAAGACUAGCAAAUUGUAUGGGUAAUUGUUACGAUGCAGAUUCUAAUUGCCACAAAUGUUUUGCAAAAUGUGUAAAUAAGUGUGUUCUUAAAAAGCCUCCUUUAUCUUCGAUGGUUGUAAUUGCUG